GCUGAUAAAAAUUCUUUGCGGUCGCCGCAAAAAGUGAUGAAUUAAUUGUUAAAAGUUAUGAUUAUUUAAGCCUUAGCCUACAAAAUAGCUAGUUUGUAAAAAGAAAAAAUACCAAGCAAAAUGGAUGUUCAACCCCCAAGAGAUGCAAGUUUACGCAAUAUAAUUGAUAAAUUGGCCGAAUUUGUGGCACGCAAUGGACCCGAGUUCGAAGCAAUUACCAAACAAAAGCAACAGAAUAAUCCAAAGUUUGAAUUUCUCUAUGGCGGCGAAUUCGCCAACUACUAUCAGUUCCGUGUGGCAGCGGAGCAGGCAAUGCUGAAACAACAGGGCGGCAUGCCCACAGGUGCGCUCUAUAUGCAACAACCGCCGCCAACUCACGCACACUACGCGACGCAACAGCAGCAGCAGCAGUCGCAGCAGCAGCAGCUCACGCCGAACAUGCAUGACAAUGUCCAGGACAGCAUGCAGCAGGCGCAACAGAAAUCUCAGCAUAUGUGGCCGCCCAAUGCAGGUGCGAGUCCGGCAACCGGACCAGGUCCAGCGCCAGCAAAUCCCCAGUCAGCGAACGGCAGUGCGCUUGCCAUGAGUCUGGCCACACAAUUGGAUGCGAUCAAAAUGCAACAGAAUACGCUGCGGGAUCAGAUUAAACAAUCGGAUGCGAAUCUUUCCGCACAGCAUACGGCGCUGAUGACACAAAAGACAAAGCAAAUCGACGAUGCGAUGGCGGCGGCCCAGACGACGCAGCUGGACCAAUUGGCCACCGAGCAGGGCAUUGUGUUGAGGGAAUUCGAUGGCAUCCUGCAGCCGAUCAUUGAGUCCUGCACCAAGGACAGCAUCUCAGCAGGCAAGAACUGGAUUUUACAGCAUUCAACCGACAGCGCAAAAAUCAAUGUCGUUUUACAAUAUCUUUUAAAGAAGGCUUUGCUCAAUGGUUCAACGUUUCAGCAAAAAUUGCAUCUUAUAUAUUUAGUUAAUGAUAUACUCCAUCAUUGCAUGCGCAAAAAUAUCAGCGAUUUGAAGAACAGCCUCGAGAAUGUCGUAAUACCGAUGUUCUGCAGCGCGGACUUGAUUGCCAACAAUGAUCAGCGCCAGAAGCUCUCCAAGCUGCUUUCGCUGUGGGAAUCGAAGGCCAAGUUCUUUGAUGCGUGCGUCAUCUCCAAGCUGCAAUCGCCGGACUCAUCCAUGCAGGAGUACAAAACGAAUCUGCAGAACACGCACCAUGAAAUUGUCGCGAAAUAUACGCAGACGACAAAGGCCACGCUGGACAACUAUCAGAAACAGCAUCAGAUUUUUAUGCAACAUGCCACGCAACAAAUAGCCCAAUUGGAGCAGCAGAAGCUGCAGCUCGAAAAACAAAUUCUCGUUGCACAAAAGGCACAGCAGCAGCUCCAGCAGCAGCAGCAGCUCCAGCAGCAGCAGCAGCAAGCGCCUGGCACGCCCCAAUCGAAAUCCAUACCUUCUCUGAUGGCGCAACGCAUUGCCAUGCCCGGCGCGGAUCAGGAGCAUAUGCACACGCCGCCGCCGCCGUCGUCGUCGUCGUCAACGCACGAUCAUGCGCAGCCGGGCAACAACAUCUUCGCGGGCUACCAGCAGCAACCACAGCCGCAACAACAGCAGCCGCAGCAGCAGGCGCCGCCGGGCAACCACUAUGUGGAUCCACGCGGUCCAAACUUUUUCAUUCCGGACAUGUCAAAGCCGCCGCCAGGUUUUCCAGCGCCCAUUCAUGGUCAGGUGCCGCCACAGCAGCAGCAGCAACAGCCGCAGCAGCCACCGCCCAACCAGUACAAUCAGCUGCCAGUCACAGCUGGCGAUCCGCCCGUGGAUUUGGGUGUGCUGAAUGCAGCGAUACAAGCGGUAAUGCAGCUGCAGCAUCAUCAGCAGCACCAGCAGCGACAUCCCGACGAGCAGCUGCAGCAGCAGAUGCAGCUGCAACACCAGCAUCAUCAACAGCAGGCGCAGCAGCAGCCGCCGCCCUUUGCACAAAUGCCGCUCAAUAAUCUGGGCCAAGCGGUUGACCCUAACGUAGACAUGGGCGCCCUCAAUGCGGCCAUAAAUGUUGUGCUGCAGCAGCGGCCGGAUGAGACGCUGGGCGAGCAGCUGCCCCAUACGGACUGUGAUCUAGACGCCGCUGAGCAGUCCAUGCUGCCGCAGGAGCCGCAAGUGCCGACAGCGCCGUAUUAUGAUCUGCCAGCCGGUCUAAUAGUUCCACUCAUACGGCUGGAGGACUACAACUACAAGCCGCUCGAUCCGGCGGACAUACGUUUGCCAGCGCCGGCGCCGCAAAGUGAACGCCUCACAAACGCAUUGAAUGCCUUCUAUGCGGCGCCCUCGCACGAUCGUCCCCGGGACAACGAGGGCUGGGAGAAGCUGGGCCUGUACGAGUACUACAAGGUGAAGAAUGCGGCGCGCAAGCAAAAGGAGGAGGAAAUCAAGAAUGGCACGCGCGACAAGUCGCGCUCGCCCAGUCCCAUUCUGCUGGAGAAAGUCAAGAAGAGCAACAAGCGCUGCUAUCGCUCCAAAAGUCGAAGUCGCUCACGUUCCCGCACGCCCAUCAGUCGCAAUAAAUCCCGCUCACGCUCCAAGUCAUGUUCCGAGGAACGCGCGAAUACGCCGCCGCCGCAGCGCAAUAGGAUUGGCGGAGGCGGAGGAGCGGGUGGUGGUGGCGGCGGCAGCAAUCGCAAGGCGCGCAAUCGUUCGCCUCGACACGAACGGGACAGUAACACGCGUGAGAAUCGCGCGGAGCGGAUCAAUAGCAACACCAGCAGCAACAGCAACAACAACAACAACAACAAUAAUAAUAAUAACAAUAAUAGUAACAGCAAUAAUGGCGGAAAUGCAAACAAUUCCAGACGCGUGGAACGCGACAGAUCGCCCACGCCGCCCAGUUUCUUUGGCAGCAGCUUUGCCAAGCCGCAGGAGUUCAUUGAGGAGACAAAUAAGGGCCAUCAGAUGCUCAUGAAGAUGGGCUGGGGCGGCACGGGCACCGGCCUCGGCUCCAAAAGCCAAGGCAUCGACACGCCCAUUUCGGGCGGUGAGGUGCGCGAUCGCAAGGACAUGUACAAGGGCGUGGGCAACAACCUGAACGAUCCGUUCGAGAGAUUCCGCAAAAACAAAGGCGCCGCCUUCGCGCAUCGCAUGAGCACAAGAGAUUACAAAGCCUAGAGGCGCCUGCCACGCCCCCUUCAACUGGUGUCGCAUUUCUGUUCUUUUCCUUCUUCCGCUAGCCAAGAGAAUACAUUUUUUUAUAUAAAGCAA